CCCCGCGCACUGCCCCCUCUCUCAGCGAGCGUGGCGCCCCAUCUCUCGGCGCCGGCCGCCCCCUCCUCCCUCCCGGCGCUGCCCCUCCUCCGUCCCGCCCCCCCGCGCGGAGUUGAGAGAGCCGCAGUGGCAGCCGCCUGCACCGCCCGGCCGCGGAGCCGCCGCUCUGCCCGCUCGCCCCCGACACACUCAGAGAGCGGCGCGCGGCGCCCGCCCCGGCUUCUCGCUCUGAUUCCGCGGCGGACCUCGGGGAGCCCCGGCCGCUGCCCCCGACUCAUCGGAACUCGGGCAGAACCCCGACGGGACCCGCGCGUGGGACCGGAGCCGGAGCCCGAGCCCCGCGACUAUGCCUGGUGCCCCGCUUCCUACCUGUCGCUCGUCCUGCCCCCCAGCUGGGUCCCCGACGGCCACGCGUUGAGAUGACUUUCCGCGACCUCCUGAGCGUCAGUUUCGAGGGACCCCGCCCGGACAGCAGCGCCGGGGGCGCCAGCGCGGACGGCGGCGGGGGCGGCGCGGGCGGCGCGGCAGGUUCCGAGAGCCCGGCGGUGGGCGCCGUGCCGGGGGCGGCUGGGGGCGGCGGCAGCGUGGUGGGCGCGGGCAGCGGCGAGGACAACCGCAGCUCCGCCGGGGAGCCGGGGGGCGCGAGCGGCGAGGUGAACGGCACGGCGGCCGUCGGGGGGCUGGUAGUGAGCGCGCAGGGCGUGGGCGUGGGCGUCUUCCUGGCCGCCUUCAUCCUCACGGCUGUGGCAGGCAACCUACUCGUCAUCCUCUCGGUGGCCUGCAACCGCCACCUGCAAACGGUCACCAACUACUUCAUCGUCAACCUAGCCGUGGCCGACCUGCUCCUAAGCGCCACGGUACUCCCCUUCUCGGCCACCAUGGAGGUCCUGGGGUUUUGGGCCUUCGGCCGCGCCUUCUGCGACGUGUGGGCCGCCGUGGACGUGCUGUGCUGCACAGCCUCCAUCCUCAGCCUGUGCACUAUCUCCGUGGACCGGUACGUGGGCGUGCGCCACUCGCUCAAGUACCCAGCCAUCAUGACAGAGCGCAAGGCAGCCGCCAUCCUGGCGCUGCUCUGGGCCGUAGCCCUCGUGGUAUCGGUGGGGCCGCUGCUGGGCUGGAAGGAGCCGGUGCCCCCCGACGAGCGCUUCUGCGGCAUCACGGAGGAGGCUGGCUACGCAGUCUUCUCCUCCGUGUGCUCCUUUUACCUGCCCAUGGCGGUCAUCAUCGUCAUGUACUGCCGCGUGUACGUGGUAGCGCGCAGCACCACGCGCAGUCUGGAAGCGGGCGUGAAGCGCGAGCGUGGCAAGGCCUCCGACGUGGUGCUGCGCAUCCACUGUCGAGGGGCAGGAACCGGCACCGACGGGGCGCACGGGGCCCGCAGCGCCAAGGGCCACAACUUCCGCAGCUCGCUCUCCGUGCGCCUGCUCAAGUUCUCCCGCGAGAAGAAGGCCGCCAAGACGCUGGCCAUUGUUGUGGGCGUCUUCGUGGUCUGCUGGUUCCCUUUUUUCUUCGUCCUGCCUCUUGGCUCGCUGUUCCCCCAGCUGAAGCCAUCGGAGGGCGUCUUCAAGGUUAUCUUCUGGCUUGGCUACUUUAACAGCUGCGUGAACCCGCUUAUCUACCCCUGCUCCAGCCGCGAGUUCAAGCGCGCCUUUCUCCGCCUCCUGCGCUGCCAAUGCCAUCGUCGCCGGCGCCGCCGUCCCCUCUGGCGCGUCUACGGCCACCACUGGCGGGCCUCGGCCGGCGGCCCGCGCCCGGACUGCGCCGCGGCCCCCGGGGCCUCCCUGGCCCUCACCGCGCCCCCGGCCCCUGGCUACCCCGGCACGCCCGAGGCGCAGGCUCCGGUCGCGGGCCGUCGAAAGCCGCCCUGCGCCUUCCGGGAGUGGAGGCUACUCGGGCCGUUGCGGAGACCCACUACCCAGCUGCGUGCCAAGGUCUCCAGCCUGUCGCACAAAAUCCGCGCCGGGGGCGCGCACCGCGCAGAGACCGCGUGCGCCCCCCGCGCCGAGGUGGAGGCUGUGUGCCUCAGCGUCCCCCAUGACGUGGCCGAGGGCGCCACCUGCCAGGCCUACGACUUGGCCAACUACAGCAACCUCCGGGAGACUGAUAUUUAAGGACCCUUGAGCAAGGCGGGGGAGUGUGCUGGGGGCAGGGAGAGGGGUGAAGGAGGUGGGAGGCUGGCUUUGGCAAAGAGUCCCACGUGGGGCAGGGACCCAGAAACUGGACAGGGCGGCUGCUCUGUGCCAAAUCCAAGGAAAUGGGGCAGAGCUUGGGCUGGAGACCUUGUAGGGUGGAAAGUUAUGAGUUGAGCUCCUGGACACAGGGCUCCAAGAGCCUGACCCUCAGGGGAAAUGGACAUGGAGGGGCUGUGGGCUCCAUGGGGCCAUUUGCUCCCAAUCUCUGGUUGAGAAACACUGCCCCACCCACCAUACCCUGAACCCUGGGUAGGCAGCUCCGAGAGCAGCUGGGUGGGCUUACCCCUCCUCUUGGGGAGGAAAGGGCAAAGAAGCCAUACCUGGCUGCCCCCAGUGCCCACCUAGGGGGAAGGUAAGGGCUCACAGCUGGACACAAUUGCUCCCUCUUACUGCCGACUGGAGACACCCAAUGGACCUGCCACCUCCACCUACAAGCUUUGGUGGCAGGUUGGAUGGCCAUCAUACAAGCCUGGGGUGUUUACCCUAGGCCCACUCCUCCCACCCAGGCCCCCCAUGCACACCCAUCACCUGGCCCUGCCCCUCAAUUCUUCCCCCUCAAGGGCCUUACUGUUUACACUCUGUACAUAGCUCAUUGUGCCUGUGCCUGUCACUUCUUGCUGGGAUCCAGAACCACCAAAUGGGGAGAGCUUUAUUUGUCGUUUUGAGACAUAUUUAUUGGUAAGAGUACUUCUAUUUUGUCCAAACUGUGCAAAUUGUCCCUCUUCAGCCUAUAACCCAUAAAGAACUACAUUUUUUUCUACAGUCUUUCCAGUA